ACCGUUUUCGACCGAGAACUGGGUGUACAUUUUUAUCGUUUUCUUGUGACAGGACGAUUUGACUGGGCGUAGGACGUACGCGGUUCCACCCCAUGCGUUCAACGAUCGAUAUCCUGCUGAUUUUUGCAAGAGCAUUUCAACUGCAAGGUCGGAAUACCCGAUGUCUGAGUCAGCGAUUGCUUGAAAAGAGGUGAACACGGACUGAAAGUGAUGGUUACAAAGUGAACAUAAUUAGUGUAUAGUUUUCGGAUGAGUUAAAGCAAGGAAAAAGGAACUAAAACGUGCCAACAAUCUCACGCCAAAGAACGGUGCCAACGAGUAUACUUUACGGGUUUGCAAAAUGGGUUUAAACGGUAGUGAAGCUCGCAAGGAUUCCAUUACAUCAUCUACAUCCUCGUCUCAUUUGGAUUUGGAGCUACUUCAGCCACUGUUUGUAAAGUUCGAACCGGAUCUAACAAUCGAUUCGUAUGAGGAAGCGCAAGGUUCCGGACGCGGUGAUAACUAUACCGCCGCCCUGUUCCGCAUUGCACUAAAAGGUCAUACACUGCCGGCCGGCGGUUCAAAGAAGUUGAAAUGGGAGAAAAGCAUUAUCUGCAAGCGUUUGCCGGAUUGUAAGAUUAAGCGCGAGGCGUUCAAAAGCGAGGCCUUGUUCCGCAAUGAGGUCGUGUUCUACAACACCAUCAUGCCGGAGUAUGGCGAGUUUCAGACACGCCAGUUACGAACCAUGGACCAGCGGGAACAGGAGCAGGCUAGCUUUCGGGCCGUUCCACAGUGCUAUCUGGCGCGCGAUGAUUUGCUCGUGCUGGAAGAUCUGCGCGUUCGAUCGUUUACCAUGCCCGAUCGGCAAGCCGGACUGGGACCAGAGCAGCUCAAGGCCGUACUGGUGGAGCUGGCUCGAUUCCAUGCCGUCAGCCUAGCUUAUAAGCAGCAGCAUCCAGCGGAAUUCAAGCGCCUCGCUAACAUGAUAUCGGAGGGAAUCUUCUCACAGGCCAAUGCCGAAUGGUACCGUAAGUACUACGAUGUACUUACGCGUAAUGCCGUGGCCAUGGUACGGCAGGCUGUCCCAGAGAAGACGGACCAUCUGGCCAAGCUGGAGUCCUUUCUCAGCAACUGCUUUGGCAAUCUGGUGGAGCUGGUAAGUCGCGAAAGUGAACUGUCCGUCAUCUGCCACGGUGAUUGCUGGACCAACAACGUGCUGUUUCGAUUCGCGCCCGAUGGUUCGAUUGCAGAGACUUGCCUGGUAGACUUCCAGCUGAUUCGGUAUGGUUCGUUGGCACUGGAUCUCGCGUACCUUAUCUACUGCUGUACCGAUGGGUCGCUGCGGAAGGAUCACCUGCAGAACUGGCUCCAAACGUACCAUCGGCAGCUGGUCAAGUCUCUGAGGCUGCUCGGUUCGUUCGAUGUCCUUUUCCGCUCCGAGCAGCAGUUGCGCGAGUUAAUCGAUGAAGAGUUUCGGGUUUGCGCUCGGUUUGGAUUGGGCACUGCGAUGGAUAUGCUGCCGAUCAGCUGCUGCUCCUCGGACGAAGCUCCCGAUCUGUAUGCUAGCGACAGCGACACGGCUGCAUCACCACCGGAACUGAACGUACCACCGAACGAGCAGUGCCAGAGGAAGAUGACCGAGUUGGUGUUGGAGCUGAUCGAUGGUGGAAUGCUGUGAGCGAUUUCAUCCGUGACCGACCAGUGGGCUGCUUAAUACGAUGACCAGUGACAGUAUUUAACAGGGUUAGGAUAUUAGGAUUUGCUAGUACAAUUCGAAACAGAACAAAGAGCGAGCUAUACUCCGUCGUACCAUGUAAUCUCUUCGAUGACAAUAAAAACCAUAAUAUUGCUGCAAUUGGAGACUUUUAGCAACGACGAACUGGCGCUACCAGAUCGUGGAAACUAGGAGAUGACUGCUUCGGGAUCCACUGGGUGUUUUAUUAACAGCCUCCUCUGUUGAAAAUUAUGUAUGAGUAGCAUCCAUGUCUUUCAGUGGAUAGAAGA